AGGUUGUGCAUUUGUUACAUUCCGGGAUUCAGCAUCAGCAUUGAAAGCUCAAGAUGACCUGCAUGACAAAAGAACUUUACCUGGGGUGAGCACAUAUUAAUAUCUGAUAUCAAACUAAAUAUAAUACUUACUAGCAAUCGAUAGGUGUGAUGAGGGAAAUGCUGGCACUUUAUAAUUAAACUAUGUAUGUACAUUGUACACAUCUCAAUUUAAAAAACCGGCUAACAUUGUUUACAUGUUAUCAAAAGAGUGUAUUGUGCGCAUGUCCAUAUAUGUUUUAUAUUGUAUAGGUUGUACAGUAUUUUAUAAACCAGGUCAUCAACGUAAUUGGCUCAUGCUGUGUUGAUGUUGUUGAGCCUUUUUGUUCUUGUAACUGUUUAAGUAUUGUUGGAUGCAUGGCAAAGCUUAAUAAAUAAAUAGUGUACAGUAGUUGCUACCCCAUUCACACUUUUAUAUAACUCACAUUCAUAGUUACUAUAAUCAUUCUAGUUGACAGAAACAUAUAAUAUUAAAGGUAAAUAACCAUUACAGUUAUGCAUUUAGUAUAAGAGUUAUUUGCACUCAAGGCAUGUAGAUAAUUUUGAAGCUCAGUUACCCUUGUUCUACUGUAUUUUAUGCUUCUGUAAACUAGAACAAGUAUUAUAGUAACUAGGCAUGUGAAUUAUCUACCUGUACAUAUUGUGAUAGUUCUACAUAUUGUGAUAUGCUACUCAAAUAACCACAUAUUGUGAUAUGAUGGUGCAGUAAAACUGUAUGUUAAACAAAAGUAUGUUGUUUUUAUUAGAUGGGUCAUACAAUGCAAGUAAAACCAGCAGACAAAGAUAAGAAAAAAGGUUGGUAAUAUUCUGAUCAAAUGUUCUUACUCAAAUUUUCUUUACUCAAAUUUGAUGUCAAAACAACAGUGAGAUAAAUUUUGUUUCUCCAGAUGAUCGCAAACUAUUUGUUGGUAUGAUCUCCAAGGCUUCCACAGAAGAUGAUCUUCGCCUCAUGUUUGCUCCAUUUGGGACAAUUGAAAAUGUAACAGUACUUCGAGAUGCUGAUAAACGAAGCAAAGGUAGGGAUUGUUGAUUGUAUUCCCUAACUAGAGAUGUCAAUCACCAAAAAGAGUAUCCAUUAAUUAGAGAUUCGACUGUAGUCAUAUUAUAUGUUGUACUCAUUUUUUCAGGUUGUGCAUUUCUCAUGUUCGAAAAUAAAAUGCAAGCUCAAAAAGCUAUUGAUGUCAUGCACAAUAGUCGUACGAUGGAGGUAAUUCCCUGAGUUAUUCUAGAAGACACCAGACUGAGCUGUUAUAAUUUUAGUAGAGAAAAUUUUAGUGCCUUACGAAGCACAUUAAAUUACUGGUAAACACCUUUGACUGUGCAUGACAUUGGAUAGAGUAAAUUUAAUGCGUAAGGUCAUCUGUUCACAUCCAGAAAGAAAUUGUGACAUAGAAAAAUAAUUUCAUAUUUUCUGGAAUUUUUUUUUCAUCUAGGGUUGUUCAUCUCCAGUAGUUGUGAAAUUUGCAGACACUGAAAAAGACAAACUGCUCAAGAGAGUGAAUGCAAUGGCCGCCAUUCAUGGUUUGAAUGCUGCAUAUUAUCAACAGGUAUGUAAUAUUAAAUAGAGAAUAAUACAUGGGUGCGCGGAAAUACCAGAUUUAUUUCGAGUGUUGAACAUGAUAUCUCUAUUAUCUCACGAGUGAACGCAGCGAACGAGUGAGAUAUCAUUUUCAACACGAGAAAUAAAUCUGGUAUUUCCAAGCACCCAUGUAUUUUCUGUUUAUUAUAUAAAGGACAGUCUUUGAAAAGCGAUAUUUUUUACAGAAAAGCGAUAAUUGAAAAGCGAUAAUUUUCACAUGUGAGAUUAUCAUGAAUAAUCUCACAUGUGGGAUUAUCACUUUUAUCAGUGGUCGAAAUCUCUAUAAAGCACUAUACUUUAUAUAAUAAAUCGUUUUAAUUACCGUAACAAACUCAACACUUUCCUGCUGUUCGUACCACAGUUCCUGCAGUAUACAUGUAUCUAUCUGAUAUUCUGAUCAUGACUUCGCCUUAGUCAAAUUAAUUUUCCUAGGUUCAGCAACUUGCAUCAGUUGGAGCAUUACAAGGAGCAUUUCAAAGUGGUUUAGUUGGAGGUUUGCCUGGGCUACCUACAGCAGCUGGUAAGAUUUAAUUUGCAGUUGGCUCGAAAAGUUACUGUAACCUCAGUCCUUCUGUAAACAUACAGUAAUGCCACUUCUAAAUUUCUAAACCUAACCUCUUCAAUCCUUAAUUGUAACCCUAAUCCUAAAACUAAACCUAACUCUAACUCUAACCCUUUCUCCAAUUCUAAUGUUAUCUUACCUUUAGUGUACACUAACCCUGGUCCUAACCCCUGUGAGCUCCAUUAAUACAGUAUACUGCAUCUGAAGUAUGAACUUGUGUCCAAAAUGUGAACCCGCGAUGGCAUCCCGUGCCAUGCAGUUCCUUUGUAGUGUUUUUUGCAUGUCUGCAUGGUUAACAUGAAGCCACAAAGAUUUUGACUUUGAUUCAAAGGUUUUAGAAUUAGGUUUUAUCAACUGAUAUAACAGCUUGGUUGGCGAUGCAAUGCGUCUGUACUCUAGAUUGAUAGCUGGGAAAAGUAGUCACUUGUCUGACGAAUGACAGAAAAACUGUUAACAAUUAUUGAAAUUAAUAAAACAGAUACUAAUACCCAUCCAAGUUAAUUAUAGUAAAAAUAAGCAGUUAUACUGUAGUUCUUCUGUACAAGUUUCUUGGCUUCAAAGGAACAUUUCAGAUGCCUCAUUUGCCACAAUACAUCUAACUGUACCACCAAAGAACAUGUUGGUUUGUGGUCUUGCUUGUACUGUAGCUUGCAAUCUUUCUUCAAGAUACUACGUGUAAACCUCACUCUAACCUAUAUUCUAAACUAAAUCUAACAUCCCUCUCCUAAACUUAGUAAUAUUAGCAUGAAACUAAAAGGAAUCUCAUCCAAAGGUUGCAAAUGUGUUUUCCAGGUUUAAUUCCAGGAGCAUUUGGUUCAUUGGUUGCUGCGGCAGUUGCAAGUCAACAACAACAGCAACAGAAUCAAGUACAACAACCCAACAAUCAAAUGUUGAAUCCUUCCAGUUUGAGUUCAACAGCAUCGGGCAUGCCUUUUACACCAACCAGUAAUGUUGCCUCAACUGCCAAUCUUAACCCUCUUAUGAGUGGAUUGACCAGUUAUGGUGGAUGUAAGUUGAGAUUGGAUCCAUCCCUGUCUAAUUAUAAUUUCACCUCAGUUGCAUGAAGAAGAAAUUGAGUUGCAUGGAUCUAAGAGCUGUGCGGUUAACCGAAAAAUUGGGUUCUUCCGGUACUUUUUUAGCACCGAAGAAUUAUACGCAAAGAACCGGUAGUUUCGGUUUUAAUUUCCCGUUUAACGCCUGCCAAACGCCCACCUGAUUGCAGGUUGAAAUGUUUGGAAAAUAACAAGAUUGUGCUCUUUAUGCACAAUAUGCACUGUACUAAGUGCUCAAAUAAUUGAUAUUUUAGUUGUGAUAGUUAUUGUUGUGCAAUUGCUUUAAUUUUUUUUUAAAAGAAAUAUUUUAUGUUCAUAAAUAAAUUCCAAUUGUUCUUUUAAAAUAUUCAGAGAUUUAUACAAACUUACAAAGGCAUAAAUUCAUCUAUUUAGUAAAAAUGCUCGAAACAUACGUAAAUGGGUUCAUACAUUUGUACUGUUCAUCUUUUUUGAAAAUAGCCAAAACCGAAGCGAACCGAGGUUUUUCUGUUCCAAAAAAACCGGAACCGGAACCGAGAUCAAAUUUUUGGACUGUAGGAAAAACAGUUAGAAAUGAUAUGGCUAUGUAAUAUAAAUAAAGUCUGUUAUCUUCGUACAUACAAUAAGUGUUACUGACAUUGUGAUAUUGUCCUUCCUUUACAGUAAACCCUCUGGGAUUUCCAAAUAUGCAGAACAUUGGUAUUGGUGGCGUCAAUCCAAUGGCUUCACUUGGAACAAACCCUGGAUCUUUGGGAACUAUGGGGACAAUGCAGAAUGCUAUGACUGCUGUAUCAACUGCUGACCCCUUGGCUCAAACAUAUUCCAAUUUAUCCCCUUAUACAGCAAGCUUCAGUAAUCCUUACAACUCUUUCAUGCUGCAGUCGCCAGCACGACAACAGCAAAAAGAAGGUACUGUAUACAUCGUCUUCCUGAGAAAUACAAUCUUAUAUGUUUGCAUGGCGAUAUAGCUAUCAUUGUUUUGUUUUGUGGAAAUACCACAUAUAUUUGUUUGCCACGGUACCACUUUAAUUUCUAUAAAGCCUUUAAUUUAUAUACAGUUAGGUUUCAGUCCAGAAACUAUGGAAAUAACGGCCGGUGACCGGUAAUUACCGGCCAAAUUUAGAUAAAUCAACGGCCAAAUAGAUAUGUCAAUAGUAAAGUAAUCGCAAACAGGUUUCGUAUAGUUUACUGAGUGCUUAAUUUCGAUAGUGUUUUUCGAAGCGUCGUCUUGAAUUUUCUUGUGAUUACAAAUCAGAACUGCAGUACUUCAUAUAUGAUGCACUAAAAUGUAUCUUCCGCUGGAUAUUGAGCGUGCAGGCGCUUGCGUCCUGAGAAGGGCGGGAAUCACUGGCGGGAAUUAGCAAUUUUUUCGUAACAUAAUGGCGAACAAACUUCCAAAACCAGGAACUUUUCAAAGGUGGAAAACUGAGUUUAAAUGGCUUGAAAUUAAAGGCAAUAGCAUGUUCUGUAAAACACGUUCAAAAUGGCGAGAAAGUAUUGUUUCAACAAGAAACUAUAAUGAUACAUUUGUGAAAGAAGGGAGUGUUAACUGGCAGAAAAAUGCAGUUAAAGAACAUGAUACCAGUGUACCACAUGUCACUGCGAUUGAUUAUGAGCAGCGAUCAGUUAUGGGGGAAAACUAUCGCAAGCAAGUUGUCAAUAGAAUACCAGAGAACAAUCCGUUGAAGCAAUCCUUUGCGCGAAUGUCUGAAGAUGAGCGUGAGCUGUUUGUGCGAUCGUUCGAAAUUGCCUAUUUACUUGCAAAAAAGGCAAGGCCUUACUCAGAUUUCCCGGAUUGGUUAGAAAUGGAAAAAAGGCAUGGUGUUAAGUUUCCUGCAGCUUAUGAUCAUAGAAACGCGUGCAAGGAAUUUAUUCACUAUAUAAGUGAAACAAUUUUCAACGAACAUGUCAAGAACAAACUUCUUCGUGCUAACUUUCUCACUGUACUGUGCGACGGGUCUACCGAUUCCAGCAUCGUAGAGAAGGAACUGAUUUAUGUUAUAUUUGUUGACUCAGACACAUUUGUACCAUUGUGUUCGUUCUUUGCUCUCAAAGAUCCUGUUUCCCAAGAUGCGAAGGGCAUUAAGCAAGCCAUUGAAAUGUCAUUUGAAAAAAGAGGGUUAAGUGACCUGUUAAGAAAGUUGGUAUUUUUGCCUUCUGACGGUACUGCCACAAACUCUGGAUUGGUCAAUGGACUGAUCACUCUUUUUAGGAAAGAUUUGCCUUGGGUUGCAUUUGUGUGGUGCUUUUCCCACCGUCUUGAAUUAUGUUUGAAGGAUGCUUUGUCUUCUGAGUUGGAACAAAUUGAAGAGUCACUCAGAUACUUGUUUUACAUGUACAAGAACAGCUCAAAGAAAGUCCGGGAACUUAAAGUCUUGUAUCACAUCUUGCAGAAUGUGUACGAAUUUGAAAACAAUCAAAUAAGACCAGCAAAGUGUGGCGGUACCAGAUGGAUUGACCAUAAACUGAGAGCCUGUUCACAGAUGGUUGAUAAACUGGGGGUUUAUGUGCAGCACAUAGAGAACAUUAUUGCAGACACACGUCGAAAAAAGCGUGUGACCGUGAAGCGCUGCGUGGGAAACUAAGGAAGCUGAAAUGUGCCCCAUUACUGCUCAGAAGUGCACUGCUGAUUGACCUACUUGACUCUGCAAGAAAAUUCAGUGUGAUCUUUCAAAAGGCUGAAAUAAACAUUCUGCUAAUUCUCGAUUCAUUGGACGACACACUGCUUCAUUACCAAAUGUUGUAUAUAAAGCUCAAGAAAGAUCCAGCCCACGUGUUCAAGCUUCCUACGGUGAAGAACGUUUUGUCACAAAUUGAAGAAAGUGUUUACAAGGGAGUGAAGCUUACCAAUGUGGAGCAGGCAAAGGGUACAAUUUUGGCAAGUGCAGGCAUGAUAGUGGGAAACAUAGUGGCAUGUUCAAAUGAGCGUGGCAUCUCAAACAGAAGAGGAAAGAACGGAAAUGCAAGAGGCUGUGACAAAGGAAUCGAGAGAUGGAGAUAACGUGCUGCAUGAUGUCUGUAGAGUUCUACGCACUUCAGUCUGGAUAAAUUCAACUGAUCAACCACUUAGCUGGGAGGAACUGUCUUCUCGCUUCUGUAAUCAAAUCACAUCACUUAAGAGAAUUUAUGAAAGGUUCCAGCCAGUUCUUGGCACUGAUAUAAGUUCUGACAUUCUGGAGGAGCAGUACUUACAGCUUGUCAAGUAUACCUGCGACCCUAUGGGAAACAAUAUAACUAGCAUGGAACCUUUACAGUUGUGGCCAACUCUCAAGCAAAUCAAAGGUGAAUCCUACCCAGAAUUGUUUUCUGUGAUUGAACUGUGUCUUUGUGCUCCAUUCUCCAAUGCAACCUUGGAGAGAUUUUUCAGCCAUAUGGCUGUAGUGAAGAAUGACUGGCGAAAUAGGCUUGGUGAAGAAGCUGUUGAGGACAACUUGCGCAUUCACAUUUCUGGUCCUGAUAUGGCAAAAUUGCCAGUAUCACAAGUAAUCAUCAAAGCUGUGACAAAUUGGUAUAAUGACAAGCCAAGGAGACUGAACCAGAAGAAGAGAAAGAAGUACAAGAAACGAACAACGUCCAAGAAACCAAACCUUGACAAAGAUCCUGGCUUGUUCCUGAACCUAUCAGAUGCAGUGACCUGGGACAAUGAUGUAGCUGACAGUGAAAGGAGCAGUGAGGAGGAAAAUACUGAUACAUUACAUAGUCAAGUGAAUGACUAUGAGAAUGAUAAGCACAUGUAAAUAAACUACUAUCUUUCCAGAGGCUGCAGAAUAAUUUGUAAUGUGAGCCCACAAACUAAGACCUCAAUCACAGUUUCAACUCAAAAACUGAUGAGGGUGAAAGCACCAAAUUUUGAAGGACUGCUUUCCAUGUUAAAACCUUUAUUUACAGAGUUACUGACUGUUUAAGUCUAAUUAUUAGUGUUGUAAUGGAACAAUGUAUUCCUAUAUAGCUAGACUCAUCCCCAAGCACUGCAGUGUGUCAUGUACGAAUCUGCAUUGCAUUAGCCCGGAAUUUAUGUCAAAGUUGGUGACAGAGUGAGACAUUGAUAAGCAAGUUAAUUCUUGUUUUCUGUAAUAUUUUAUUGCAAAAGUUCACACUCAAGACAGUUGUAGUUGUAGUUAAUAAACUGUUGAUAUUGUUAUGUAGCCAGUAGGGUAUAUAUUGAUAUUUCAUUACAUAUUGAUUUUUAAUAAGUGUCUUGAACGAUUAUUGAUAGUGAUAGUCCAUAUGACUUCAAUUUUUACAGGAGGAGGCAGUAGGCGUUUUCUAAUGUAGCCCCCCCCCCCCCACUGGUGAUGCCAUGAUUUUUUGCUUUUAAAAAAACACCGGUCAAAUAUUUUGCCUUGUCAAAUUUGUAAAAAUUACCGGUCAAAUUCGUUUCCCUUAUUUCCAUCCCUGUUUCACUAAGCACUACUUGCAGCAGAUGGUGGUCAACCGGCAGUUAUCAGAGUGAGAAAAUAUAUGUAGUAGUUCUGUAUAUUUGUAAUAAAUUAAUAGAAAUGACCAAAUAAUUAAUGUAGUUUGAUUUUCUUACUCCAAUAAUUGUCAAACACUACAGUGUAUGCUGUUCUGGACGUAUAACGCCAACUGAAACCCACCAAUACAUAAUAGUAUGAAAUGUUUAUCACAGUAAUAUUAAUACUGUAUAUUUGCUUUAUUAAUUAAACAUGCCAUUGUCUUGUUUUGUUUCAAAUUCUCUUCAGGUCCUGAAGGUGCAAAUCUGUUUAUCUACCAUCUACCCAAAGAAUUUCAAGAUGCUGAUCUGUUUGCGACAUUCAGUCCAUUUGGAACAGUUGUCAGUGCUAAAGUCUUCAUUGAUAAAGUAUCUGGCAUGAGCAAAUGUUUUGGUGAGUUUAGUAUAAUGUAUUACAAUAUUGCUUAUAUCACCAUCAUUGUCACCACCACUACAGCAUUGAUAUCAUUAUCAAUCUCAUCAUGAUCAUCACUAUCAACACCACUAUCAUCACCAUCUUCAUUACAAUCAUCAUCAUCAUCAUCGUUGUUGUUGCCAUCAGUAGAUAUGAAUAGUAAUGAUAUUGUGUGUCUAACAUUUCUCUGCCAAUAAAAUCAUUUCUGGGCCUCAUAAAAUGUACGAAUAUACAUGUACAUACAGUACUUAAUUACGGUUUUGAAUAUGUCAAAAGGUUACCUGGUCCAUAUUGUACUAACAAAAUGUAUGUAGGUAUACAGUGAGAUUACUGUGUACUUAUAACUAGGUGUAACCAAAUCGUAGUAAUUGCGACCUGUACAGUACCUGGUAUAAACGUACCGUACCCAUAUUAUCACAGCACAACCAUCAUCACAAUAACCCUACAUUAACGUUGCAGGUUUUGUGAGUUACGACAGUCCUACCUCAGCAGCAAUGGCCAUACAAGCAAUGAAUGGUUUUCAGAUUGGAGAUAAAAGACUCAAGGUUCAACAGAAACGACCAAAAGACGCAAAUCGUCCUUACUAAAACAUAACGAAGUACCUAAGAGCUGAAUGUUUGGUGAGUUUGUUAUAUCAAUCAAUAUUUCACCAAUAUACCUUAAUUACCCUUGUUAUACCCUUGGGGGGUUCUAGUUUUGAAUGUGUGCAUGAGCUUGUUUGUUUGUCUGUUUAUUUGUGAUUUUCUUUUUGUUUAUUUGCAUAUUAGUUAUUGUCUGUCUGUGAAUUUGUCAGUCUGGGUUUAUAUUUGGAUGUGUGCGUAAGAUAUGUAUGUGUGUGUGUGUGUUUGUUUUUAAGACAUUCUUAUUUAUUUGUUGUCCUUUAUUUUCGUAUAUAGAUACGUUGUAUCCAGUGUGUUGCUGAUGGCAUGUUAUAAAUGUUACAGUAUAUAUCAUUGACUUUGUCUUUACAUAAUGCACGUAUUGUUUAUUGAACGUUAUUGACAGUUAGUGUCUUAUAUGGUGUAAUAACAAAACAAGUUGUAAGUUAUUUGUAUUUAUUGCAUGUUUUGUUUGUGUCAUUUUAUGGUCUGCUGUAUUUAACGUUAAGGAAACAUUAGUUAUCGUGUGUUUUAUAUUUGUGUAGCAUUUUAUAUUUGUGGCAUUUUACCAUGACAACACAGUUUUUGCAGAAUAGUAGCUACACUAGACCAUUCGUUUAAGAAAUCUUUCUCAGGUUAGUCAGGUAGUUCAGACAUAAACCACAUGCAGCAGCGCAUUGUAAAGUAGUAACUAGACCGGACUCCAGAGUGAUUAAUACAACAGGGAUUAUUUAGAAGAAAAUAUCUAUCUGAAAGUCCUACUGUAUCUAUCGGGUGGAAACGUAUACGAUAAACCAUUCUGCCGCAGUUGCAACACAUACAGUAUGAACUGAAUCGGAUCGAGC